AUGUCGCUUGGUCCUAGUGAGGAGGCGAUGUCUCAGCUGCAGCUACUCCGGCGGCUGAAGCUGAGCAUCUGCCAAGGCGACGGCAGUUUUGAGGAGCGCGUCUCCGCAGCCGUCGCGGGCCUCGAUGACGAGAAGGAGAAGAGCCCUGGGGGCAACAGUGUCGCAGGGCUCACUGUCGCAAUCCGCAGCGCCACGCAGCACUGGCUCGGCCGCGAUCUCCACACGCCAAGUCGGCCCCUCACCGAGAUUCGAUCAGUGCUUGAAGCGCGUCAGCGCCUCCAGGCAGUACGUGGUCCAGCAAACCACGGAGGGCGAGGUCUCUUGUGUCAGUACAGCAUCCAAGAGGCUCACGACGUGUGGGCCCGACUCCGCAGCGAGUAUCUGGAGAUCUGCGCUUCGAUGCCCGGUUGCGAUGUGCGCCGCUACGCAGCGACCGUUGCCGCCCGGGAGUCCAAGUGUGCAGCACAGCGAGAGCGCGAGGAGGCCCUGGCCAGACGCAGGGCCCUCCGAAGAGCGGAACACCAAGCUCAAGACAGAGAGAGGAAGCAGCUGAAGCAACAGCGACUGCUCCUUCGAGCCGAAAAGGCAGCGGCAGCUGCUGAGCGGAGAGAGCUCAGGCUCUUCGUUCAGCUCGAGCGCUUGCUCCGCCGUUGGCGGCCCUACCCAACCAAGGCCACCACUUGA